AUGUCGACCACCGACGCGAAAGUCGCCGAGCUAACUUCCCGCAUCAGCCAUGCCAAACCCUCCUCAAGCAACUCCAAACGCACUGACGACGGCGACCACUCCGACCUCGACGACGAGGAGCUUUUCGCGCAGCUCGAAGAGGAGAUCGAGAAUGGUGCCAACCCAGAGUUAAGAGAGCAGGGCAUCCAACGGCUCAAAGCAGAGAUGGACCGUCUGCAGCAGAUGAAGAGCAGCGGACACGGUCGAUACGAUGAGCUUACCGACGAGAAAGCGGUCAUUCGGACGAGUGCCAAUGAACCCCGCUGUGUGGUACAUUUCUAUCACACCGACUUCAAGCGCUGUCAGAUCAUGGAUAGACAUCUUGCGGCCCUCGCGCUGAAGUAUUUCAACACGCGCUUUAUCCGCGUCUUCGUAGAGAACGUGCCAUGGCUCGUGGAGAAGCUCGGCGUCAAGAUCCUCCCUUGCGUUGUGUGCUUCAUAGACGGAGUGACAAAGGAUCGGCUCGUCGGUUUUGAAGAGCUAGGCAACAACGACAAGUUCGAGACGGCUACACUAGAGUGGCGGCUGCUGAACACCGGCGUCAUCCAGAAGGACCAGAAGAAUGCAUCGGAAGUUGUUUAUGGCGCGAAAUCAGUAGUCAGACAGCACAUCCGCGGGCAACGGGACGAUGAUUCGGACUUUGACUUGGACGAUUGA